CAGAAUCUCUUUCAGUGAUCAGUGCAGAGGAGUUCUGAACAUUACAGAUGAAACACGGCAAGUUUGUGGAUCUCAUUUUCAUUUAAAAAUACCAAGAACGUUAUUAACUACUGGAUCAUUUUGGACACGAUUUAUUCUUGGGAUUCAACGCCACUUUUGGUGAAACUCAUAGCAAGAAACAUUUCGUAUCCUUAAGAGGACUUGAUAAAAAAUUAAAGUGAUCAUAUAAAUGUGUGGAUUUGACGCGCUUGGAACAGACACAUCUUUUCUUGAUUGUUUUGUUUUCGACUGUAACGGAACAGAUAAGUGUCCAGGGAGAUUUCCCGGGAAGAAAUGAAAGAACAAAGGCAAAGAAAGAUGUAAGAUUUCCUGUGAAAGUGUCCUCUGGCAAGCACGAACGUUUCUUUAAUUGCUGUGGACGAUAAUUACUUUUCCGCCGUUUGCUUUAAAGCGCGAAAAUGUGCCAGCUCGGAUUAUCGCGUUUGCUUAAACUUGAGAGAAAACAAAUGAGCAUUUGUAACUUGACACUCUGUGUUUUACUCUUCCUGACGUGUUUUUGCUCACCUUCAUCUUCAUGUCCUGUCCAAUGCUCGUGCGAAGCCACAACAGUGAACUGUGUAAACCAAGACUUAAAAUCAGUCCCCCAAAACCUUCCAGAAAUUAUCACCACACUUAACAUCAGUGGUAACAAUAUAAGGUCUCUAAACAACAAGUCUUUCCCCUGGCUGCUGGACCAUUUAACAAACCUUUUUGUGUCUGGAAGUCAAGUGGAGCAAUUAGACUCUGGGGUGUUUGACAACUUGCCAAGUCUUCGUUUACUUGACCUCAGCAACAAUAAGAUCAUGCAUUUUAACAUUGAGGCUUUCCCUCAAGACAACAUGGUUGAUGUUCUGAACCUCAGCAGAUCCUUUUAUAAUCGCUCAUAUGUACAUAUGUUUGCAAAUCUUUUCAAACACAGCUUACCUAAGGUCUCCCAUCUCGAUUUGUCCAACAAUGACCUGGUGCUCCUUCCAGAGGGCAUGUUUACAGGUUUGUCGGAACUCACCAUUUUGGAUUUGAGGAACAACUCCCUUGUUGAAAUUAGCACUGGCACUUUUCGGAGCCGGGCACUUCAAGAGUUGGACUUGCGGGACAAUGCGUUAAAAGUGCUGCCAAACUCAACACUGGCAGAGCUCAGUUCCAUCCCUGAUUUGCGAGUCAGUCUUGCAGGAAACCCCUGGCGCUGUGAUUGCAAUAUUGAAGACAUGUUGAUCUGGUUGAAGAAGCAUGACUUUGCGGUAGACAAAUUAAACAUGACCUGUACCGACCCAAUAGGGCUGAAAAACAGCCCGCUCCUACACCUGGAGCAAUCACAGCUUCCAUGCACCUACACUGGAGAUCUGAAUGGUGUUCUGGAGACCUCCUAUGUCUUCCUGGGAAUGGUUCUUGCCCUCAUCGGGGUCAUCUUCCUGCUUGUUCUUUACCUCAACAGGAAAGGGAUCAAGAAGUGGAUGUACAAUAUCCGUGAUGCUUGCAGAGACCAUAUGGAGGGGUACCAUUAUAGAUAUGAGAUCAACUCCGAGCCACGGCUUGCCAACCUCAGUCUGAACUCAGAUGUGUGAGGAGACGUGGAAUGUCUGCACAACUGGCAUGACAAUAACUGGAUUCUGCAGGUGUCAGCCUUGUUUUGCUCGCUGCAGCUUUCAUAUAUGCUGAUGUCUUGCAAUAAUGUUGUCCCGUGAAACAUGAAUCAAGCACAUAUGUAGAGAAGUUAGAAUUAAUUUUCUCUUUUUUUGAUGGGACUGCGGAAGGGAUCUCUUUUCUGAAGAAUGCAAGUCAUAUGUUAAAUCUGCUCGCAAUGUCCGAACAAACUGUAAUACGCAUACAUUUUUAUGUUUUAGUUUGCUUUUCUUCUGCUAAAAACUAUUCAAAUUGCCAUGCAUGUAUUUAUGUGUUUUGUCAUUGAUGUAAAAUCAUGAUAAUAUCCACUUUUUUAUUAUCAGUUAUUGGGUUUUAUAUUUACAUCGUUGGCUGGACAUAGAUCAGCGUUAACGCUUUACAUGUAUGUUCCUUUUGUUAAGGGUUUUAUAAAGGGGUUCAUUAAUGACUAAUAAUUAAUUUACUGGACAAAUGCAUUAAAAAUAAAUGCAGUUCUAAUAACGUGAAUGAAAAGGAUGACUUUCAUGCAAUACUUGCCAAAUAUUGAGCUGUUUUACCCCACAUAUCAUAAAGGCAUAAUGCCGCUUAUUCAACAUAAUAAUAUUUUAUAAAAAAAAAAAAUUCUCCCCAAUUUGGAAAGCCCAAUUCCCAAUGUGCUCUAAGUCCUCGUGGUGGCAUAGUGACUCGCCUCAAUCCGGGUGUCGGAGGACGAAUCUCAGUUGCCUCCAUGUCUUGUUGUGCGCAUUACCGUGGAGAUGUAGAGUACGUGGAGCCUCCACGCUAUUCUCCACGGCAUCCACACACAACUCACCACACGCCCCACCAAGAGCGAGAACCACUUUAUAAGGACCUCGAGAAGGUUACCCCAUGUGACUCUACCCUCCCUAGCAACCGGGCCAAUUUAGUUGCUUAGGAAACCUGGCUGGAGUCACUCGGCACACCCUGGAUUCGAACUCGCGACUUUACCCGAUGAGCUACCAAGGCCCCCCUUAUUCAACAUUAUGAUUUAUAAAGCAUUUGUAAUUGGCUUAUUAGUCAUUAAUGAACCCCUUUAUAAACACUUAACAAAGGGAGCACUAAUGUAAGGUGUUACCGGAUCAACUCUUCUCUGUGGGAUGCCUAGUUAAAUAAAAGGUCUUGCACUGAUCCUUUCUCUCCAGUACAGUGAUUUGACUGAUUUUAGACAGGAAUAUCGGACGGCAAACUGGAUUACCCACACGCAUUCCUUUAGGUUGUGGUCACAGUAGGCUUUUUGCUCCAUUCUCUUCAAUUGAUAUAUAUGCAAAUGAGUAAACAUGCAAAUAAGUUUUGUCUUAAGAAUCAAAACAUCACAUACAUUGAUGUCUCAGCUUAAUACAAAAAAUGGCAACUUCAAAGCUGCAUGGUUUGCAGUGCUGCAGAACAUUUUAAUCGAAUUGAUUGCGCAUUUUGAAUAUUGUGCUUUUUACUUAUAAUUGAUUAAAACAGAAGCUCGCAGCUUUACAUCCUAUCCUGUUGCAUAUAUUCGUUAUAGUAAGUUUUCAUGCUCAAACCUGUUGUGGCUGCACUUUUACACUGUAAAAUAUAAUUUGGUUUCUAAACCCUUUUAAAGGAAUAAUUCUGGCUCAAUAAAAGUUAAAUGCCAUCGGCAGCAUUUGUGGCAUAAUGUUGAUUAGCACAAAACAUUAUUUCAACUUGCCCGCUUUAUUUAAAAAUGCAAAAAUCGCAGUUCCAAUAAAGCACUUACAAUGGAAGUUAAUGGGGCCAAUAAAUAAACAUUAAAAUACACAUUGUUUUAAAAGUAUAGACACAAGUCAUAAACAUUAUAUGUGAAUUUACAUGAAGUCAGUGUUAUCAAAUUAGGGUUUUACUAGUAUUAUGCUGUUUACCAGAUUGCAGGGUUCACCAGCAUAAUUUUAAUAUUGGUAAAACUUGACAAAGAUAAGAUUAGUAAGCAAGAACCACAUUAAAAGCAGUGUAUAUUUUAAUAUUUAUUGACCGGCCCGCCUUACUGUAACCACAAUCACAACUUUUUUUUUUUAAAUAAACGAGGGUGAUCACAAUCUGGAAGACUAUGCAUUUAUUUUUCAAAACUUUUUGUCAUAUAGAAGUCUGGCCGUGAGGGAAGACUGGUAAACAGGACCUUACACCUACUCAAGGUGCUGAAACUGCAAGCAUUUGCAUAACAUUCAUAUACAUCUGCCUGUGAAAUCCCUACGCUUCCCUGUAUAAUUGUGAUAUUACCAGCACAGACAUUCAUGCAAAAGUAGACAUGACUGAUUAUUUCCAGAAAUAGAUGUAAUAGCCUGCAUGCAUUUAAGCAGCCUUGUUCUAUGUAACUAAUGCUUGAGAAGCACUGCACUUGGGCGCAGGUUGAGUCAUGAAAUCAAAAUCAUCCAUACUUAGUUUCCUAAUACAAGUUGCUGAUCUUAUUGUGUGCAAUUCAUCAGAACACAGAAAACUAAAGAAAAAGUUUGCCUUUGUGAUCUUUCAUCAAAAUGUAAAAACUUGCUCAGAAGAACAAGAUAGAUAAAGGGCUUUGUGUUAAAUGAGCUACUUGUAGUGUGGACCACAGACAAAGGUACAUCCCUGACAUUCACAUGCCCCAUUGGCUGUGUGUAGCUCCUGGCUACCCAUCAUUUUACUUAGUGUUUCUCAGAGUGUGGGCAUGAUCAAACACCCCGUUCUCAAAUCUUGUUCCCUUUUACACAUUUCAAUUUGCAGCUGUGUCAUUAUAUGCAAGAACCAAUUAAGUUUGUGCGCAAUUGCUUCUCUACCCUUUUCUCCUUAUUUGGUUAUAUUUGUGUUCACUGUGCUGCAUUCAUGUAAACGAUGUUCUCGCAUGCGUGUCAGAUUCAGAUGGGUGAAAGGGAAGAUUUUCAGUUAAUUAAGACUUAAACACAACGCUAUCAUAGCGUUUCAGAAGAUUUGAAACAUAGUGCAAAUGUGAUAUGGAUGACUUUUAUGGUGAAUAUAUUAUGGUGCUUUAGGAGGUUGAGAGACACAUUCAUAAUCCUCUUAUCCGUCAUCCUUGUAUUUCAUGAAUGAAAAAUGUCAUACUGGUUUGAAAUGACUCAUGGGUAAAUAAAAUAUGACAAUUUAGAUUUUUGGGUGAGCUACUUUAUUCAGUAUAUUAACAUUGCUCCUGUAGUAUCACAAUUGAUUUAUAUUUGUGGAUAUUUUAAAUAUAUAAUUCAAAUGUUUGACAUAUUUUUAAUUUAUCACAAAGUAUACAGAAAAUGACUGAUCAAUGCAGGCAUAGUACCAAAAAUGUAAUCCAGAACUUUUCAUUAUUCAUCAAAAUGUGACAAGAAGCUGAAAGAAAAUGCAAUUUUUUUCUUCACUCUGUUUCAAAGAGGUACUUUCCAAACAUUAAAAUAACAAUUUGAAUCAUUGAUUUUACCCAACUCUUUUUCAGCUUUAAAAAAUAAAAACUGCAACUGUGAUAUACAGUAUACUUUUCUACAAAUAACAUGUUGUGUUAAAUAAUAAAUAUUUAAUUGAGUUUUGUUUUGUCUACAACCCCUGGAAAAAUUAAGGAAUCACCACACUUGGAAGACGUUCACCCAGUUUUUUUACUUCGUAGCAAAUAAACAAAUCACAGAUACGACACUGUGACGAGGAGGGCAUGGCCAGGGCGUGAGGAUGCAUGGCCGGCACUGAGUCAACUCAUCAGCGGGAGUGAG